AUGAAUUUUGAAGCUACAAAUGCAAAUUGUCUUAUUUGUGUUUGCUCUGUUGAGGGUAAAGACGAAUUUUGUAGUAAAAGACCAGCUAAAAAUGUUAACGAAUGCAUUAGGAUGGCAACUAUUCAUGAAGACAUGCAGAAGAACAUAUUAUUCACCCACAAGAAGUCUUUUCCCUUCAGAAUUCGCCGAGACUAUAUCUGGCAUAAAGACGAGAUACCAUUACCAUCAAAAGCGAAAUGCCUUCGCGGCAGCUCCUACUACAGCAACAGUUAUAACGUCAAUGACACAGACAUUGAUCUACCCUCGGAUGUUGAAUCCAUCCUUGAUUACCAAGAGAAAGAUAUUUGUUUCUUCUGCGUAUGCGCACUUGAUGGCAAAGCAACGGACUGCAUUUCCCGCGAGCCAUGGUUCUGUGAAUAUUAUAGAAUCCUCAGGGAUCCCGCAGAGAUGAGGAACCGUUAUACUCAACUUUUUCAACAAGAUAGACCAGCUUACUUCAGGCAUUUUUCGUAUAGACUUCGAAGGACAAUGGAUGCCGCAAUUAACGAAUUGAUCGAUGGUAUGAAAUGGUUUAAAAGGAUUUUUAUCUUUAUGUUAGUGGGCGAAGAGGAGGAAUCUGAGAAUAGUUGUAUUCCGUUUGUAUCGCAGUAUUCGGAUUGUUCUGAAGCCAAUGCAUGCUCUGGAUGCAACCGAUGCACGUGCAAUGGCGAUGGAAAAUGGGCAUGUAAAGAAGUAAUCCAGUGCCCCAGCGACGGAGAAUUCGGUGAACCUGGUGAUGACAUUGUUGUUGAUAACCUGGAAGUGCUAUACUCUGAGGUAUUAGAAAAAGCAAAGAAGAGAGGUCUCGAGCUGGUGCCACCCCCACCACCGCGGACGGAAGAUGUACUCCUAGGUUACUUGAUUGCUCACGAAUGCACAAUUUUUUUAUUCUCAAAUAAUAAACCAACUUGUAGGACUCAGGUAAGCCUUGUUGCAACUUUAUUGAUAGACUACAAGAAAUUAAUAUUUGUUUUUGUUUUAGGAUCAUCAAAAUUCAGUAAAGAUUUCGAAAAAUAUGUAGCAUCUCGUGAAAAGAGAUCUUUGGAUGCUAAUAAUGUCCUAAAAGUUGCCAACAGUACUGUUAAAUUUCAUAACGCAGUAGACGAGAUAAAUAAAGAUACUUUGAAAAACAAUAACAAUUCAGGAACAAUUGAAGCAGCUAAAGUAAAUAAUUUAAAACGUCCAAUUCUUUCGAGAAGAACUGCUUUGGUUGAUAAUAUUAAUAAAUCAGAUUUGAACUCAUUACAUAUUGAAUUAAACCAAAAUCAAGAUUAUGAUCAUCAUAUUGCAGAAAAUAAGAUAGAUUCUCCAUCUCAUAUUGACGAUAAGCUAAAUUCAUUACAUAGUUACUAUUCAAACGAUGUUGUUAAGAACCAUUCAGAGAGCAGUAAAGAUGAGGAGUUAUCUAAACUUAUUGUCAAUGAACUUAAGAAAGGCACUGAAAUUAUUGGUGACACAAAAAUAACUCCUAUGUCUAAUAUAACUUUUACUUCAGAAAAUGAUACAAUCACAGCAAUGGCUUUUAUUGCUGGUAAUUUAUUAAAUAGGCUUUGGACCAUGGAAAAAGAUUCUACCGAUGCUUCUUUUGAGACUGAUUCUUUAAAACAUGAAAAAAUUAAUGAUCUGCUUAGUUUAUUCAAAGAACCUCUUAGUAUAAGGCAAGAAAACUUCUUGAAAAAUGCUCUUGAAAAGCUUUCUGUAACACUGAGUGAAAAUAAAAAUAGAAAUAAUGUUUCAAUUUGUGAAACAUAUCAGGUUAAUAGUGGUGAUAUGAAACAUGACCCUAAAAGUUCUAAUGGGACAACUGACUUCGAGACUAUUUAUAAAAACUGUAAUAUUAGUAAAGGGAAAGAAAGCAAUACAGAAAACAAAAUGUCUGAUAAUAUUCCAUCAGAAAUACAUUUGAGAUUAAAUAACGUGCUAAAUCUGAUAAACAAGUAUGAGAGUAUUGGACAAACUAUAAGUAGUCUUAAAGAGCAAACAAAUAUUACUAAUAAAGAAUUUUCUGAAGAUGAAAAGAAUUCAGUAAAUUUAUUUGCUAAGGUUUUAGAAAAGAUAACUAAACUCUUAGUCCCACGAAAAAGAUCAAAAAAAAUAUUGAAAAAUAUGAGAAAUCUAAAUCAGUUUGCGAGUAACUUAUCUUUGCCAAAUAAUAAAAAAUUAAACAGUUUGAUAGGAUUAGCAAAACUGUCGGUUACUGAAAAAGAUAAAAUAAUACAGGACUACAUUACCCAUAUCCAAAGCAAUCCUAAUUGUCUCCUUUCUAGAAUUGCAAAAGAUUUUGAAUUUCAGCCCGACGUACAAGGUGAUACAAUGGAUAAGCUAUCAGAAUUUUUAAAAAUAAGUUCUUCCAAAGAUUUGAGGAAAUUUGUUGAACAAGAAAAUAAAGAGUCAGAUAGUUCAGAAAAUUAUGAAAGUACUUUGUCAACAUUCAGUAGUACCCAGCUUACUACGGAAUCUACAACCAUUGUUUCACAGCUAAAAGACAUAAAUAAUGCUGACAACAUAGAAAAAUUUAAAAGUGCAAAAGAAAAACUUAAAGCACAUUUAAAGAAUAUCAUAGAUGAUAUUCUUGAAUUGCAAAAUGAAGGCAAAUCUCAACAGAAUAGAGCAAACUUGCAUGACUUACUGCCAUGUUUAAGUAAUAUGUUAAAUAAAGACAACAAUACACAAGUAAAAAAUAGGUUAACACCGUUGGAAAAUAUUAAAAAGCUAAUCGAUACCAUGAAGUUAGAGUUUAGAUCUUCAGGUACACGUAGAAGCAAUUCUCCUAUUAUGAGAACAGCAUCAUCUAGAGUGUGGGAAAGGGUAAUCAAAAAUAUAAACGACUUACGAAGGAUUCCUACUCGGAGAUUAGGUGCUAUUGAACCUUCCAUUAAGUCUUUUGAAGAUCUAAGAUUGAUAUUGAAAAAUGUUGAAGCAUCUAGCAACUCUUACAAAAAUUUUGCUUUAUUGUCAAACGUACCACCCCACAAAAGAUUAAUGUUGUUGAAAACUUUAGAAGCAGAUGUUAAACAACAUAGGUAUAUUUUAGAGGCUAUAAAAAGUUCAUUUAAUGCAAUAGAACAAUUUUCAGCUGAAAAUCGUAAAGAAGUUGAAGAAUUUAUAGAAAACACUAGAACAAAUACUGAUAUAAGCAAUAGAGUAUUAUUAUCUUUGAGAAACAAUGCAGAUCUAAUGAUUAUGAAGUCUGACGCCGAAUUAUUGAAAAAACCAUACUACCCAAAAAGAAGUGAAAGACUCUCGUCAGGAUUGUUACCGGAUGCUGCAAGAUAUUCAACACAUAACACACAUAGUGAAAAUAUUAAAGUAAAAAAGGAGCAAGUUGUUAAUCAGCUUAUGAUAAACCGAAUCCAGUUGUACCUCAAACUAAAAGAAGACGAAGGUACUGAUUUAGCAUCGGACAUAAAUUACAAAAUGGGAAAGAGGGCGGUGUUUCUCCUUCGCAAUGGAAACAGCAGUCUCGGCAAACAGUUAUAUGAAUUGUUGAUUCCAAACAAUAUAAUUGAAGAACAAAGGAACUCAAGAUCAUCAAGAAGAAAUGGUAUAAAUCUAAAUAAGCCAUUUAUAUAUAACCUCCAGGAGCCUCUGUUAAAUAUCAAUAAUCACAGUAGAAGGAUUCAGCCAAGAACUCAAGAUCAAUUAUUUAAACAACUGGCUAAUUUAAGUAAAUUUAAUUAUGAUACUAUUUAA